GACCCGGCCAGCAUCAGUAACGAAACGACCCCGAGCCCACAGUCAAGUCUUUGGGAUCUGGACCUCAACAACGACCGCGUGCAGAAUGGAUUUUGUGUUCAGGGUGUUCUUUUUGCAGUUCGUUCUAUUCGGAUUGCUGGUGUCAGGUGUACGACCGCAAACCGGAGGAACCGACUGCCACGGCAAGGACUACCUGUGUUUGGACGAUGUCCGAUUUCAACUUUGUGUAGACUAUGGUGACGGGAAACCGACGACCGUUAACGAUGAGGUGCAGCUCUGCCCGGCCGGGACGUUCUGCAGCAACAGUGGACAGUUUGAGUGCGACUCGUUCGUAGCACUGUCGACCACUGCUGAGCCGCACGUUAAUGUGGAAGUGGAAGCUACGGCACAGCCAGAGGAUGAAGAGCUCGUUACAAAUGAACCAGUGGUAGUAGAAGAGGAGCCAGAAGAACCAGAAGAGGCAAACGCACCAGCGAGCGAGCCAGCAGCAAACGAACCAGUGGAGGAACAAAACACAACGGUUGCACCCGAACCGUCAACGGCAGCCGUAGAAGUGGAGACUAAUGAGGUACCGCAAGAAGAAGCAGCUGCACCAUCGGAAGACACUGAAUUACCGGAACAGUCGGAAACAACCGUACCGACGGAAGAAGCUGCACCGUCAACAUCGGACCCCCAAGCAGAGACAACGGCGCAAUCAACCAAUGCGGAAGAGGAACAGUCCCCCGCCGAAACGGUGGCACCGUUCGAGCCGGAAGAAAACAAUUCGCCGGCAGUAGAAGAAUCAACCACCUUAGCGCCACCAUCGGAAGGCGUAUCCGGAAUGGAAUCAGUGGCAACGGAAGCAGCCGAGGUAGAAGCUAGCGGAAACACGGAAUCGGCUGUAGCGACGGAACAGACGGAAGCUUCGGAACCGGACUUGACUACUCAGCAGCAAGGCGAAGAACAAUCGUCCACGGACGCUUCUGAAGCUGUCACGACGGAAGAAAGUGUACAGUCCGAACAAUCGACGGAGGGCGUAGCUGCUGAGACCGAAGUCUCGCAGGACGCUUCUACAGCCGCAGUUCCAGAAGCAACAGAGCAGGGUGAAACAGAGACACCGGAGGAAGUUCCGGAAGAAACCGAAGCACCAGUUCUCCCAGAGGCAGAAGAGGAAACGGGUUCCGAAACGGUACCAUCAGAGCCUGAGGUGGAAGCUGAAGUUGAGGAAGUAACCUCGGAAGCAUCCGUGGAACCUGAAGCUUCGGAAUCGACACCAGCAUCGCCUGGGGAGACUGAGGCUCCGGAAGUUAGCUCCGAACCAUCGGUAGAGCCCGAAGCGUCUGAGCCCACUUCUCAACCGGCUGAGGAAUCGGAGACUCCUGAAUCCCCCGUCGUACCAUCGGAGGAGCCAGAGGCUACUGAACCCACGGGCACCGAGGCACCAGAGACUCCUGAAGUCACCUCCGCACCCGAAACAACUGCAGCCGUAACCGAGACCGAAACAACGUCAACCGCACCCACCACAACCGGCACCGAGGAGGACAACUCAGCGUCCAACGGAGGGGAGUCGGGCUCGAACGAAGGCUCCAACGCAUCGCCAGACUCUACCGAGGCCCCGUCGGCCGAAUCGGGCGCGGAAUCGAACGAGGCUAGCACCGUCCACCCGCAAGCACCCGGAUCGGGCGAGUUUGUGUGUCCGGCUGCCGGUCGCUUCGCCAAUCCGACCGACUGUCACAAAUACUACGUCUGCUUCUGGCUGCCCUUCGGACUGUACAGUCUCGAGCAGAACUGUUUAGCCGGGUACGCGUACAAUCCGUCGCUGGAACGCUGCACGGCCGACCAGAGCGUUUGCUUCCCCGGACAGUUCACGUGCAUGGGCCCGGGUCGGUUCCCCGAUCCGGCCGAUCCGACCUCGUACUUCUGGUGCGUGUGGAACAUGUUCGGUGGCUACCUGCAGUACAAGAUGCAGUGCCCGAUGGGCCAGGUGUACAAUGCGUUCCGCGGACGGUGUGCCUUUGCGGUGGCCGGACGUUCGCUGCCGUUUGACGAGCUGGACGACGAGCUAGCGGCGGCUGAAGAUGCCGAGCAGUCGCACCCAGCGGAAGUCGAUAGUGCGGUGGAGCCGGUGGAACCGGAGGCUGAGCCCGUCACCCCGGUAGCCGAGGAGCAACCGAAGCUGAAGGUAAAGUUCCAGUGUCUGGAGGAGGGCACCUUUGCCGAUCCGAACAACUGCGGCCGCUACUUCGUCUGCACGCUCAAGAAGCUGGACAAGUUCAAGAAGAGCAAGUUCAAGUGCGCUGCCGGCGAGCGGUUCGAUCCGCUGAUGGGCAUGUGCGUUCCCGACCUAGAUGCGUUGUGCGAGUAGUUCGCAAGCGGAUGGCAGCUCCAGUUAAACGCACGGUGUAGUGGCAAUGGUUUCGUACACGAAUAAAGUAUUUAUCAAUUUAUUUUCAA